GGCGAUGUGGGGAGCAGGGUGGCGGCGCCGGGUCCAGCCCUGAGGAGGCGUCCUGCGGCUGGGAGGAGCGCGGCCCUCCUCUGGCCCCCCUGUGGAGCUCCGGGGCGCUCACACUAAGAUGUCCCUCAGCAGCGGCCCUGCAGGCGGGAAAGGAGUCGACUCCAACGCGGUGGACACGUACGACAGCGGCGACGAGUGGGAUAUCGGAGUGGGAAACCUAAUAAUCGACCUGGACGCCGACUUGGAAAAGGACAAACUGGAAAUGUCGAGUAGUAAAGAGGGAGGAGGCAUGGCGGCCCCCCCACAAAGCGCCGUGGCUACUUUACCGGAAAAUAUAAAGUUCGUUAGCCCUGUAGCCGCCGUGGCCGCUCAGGGAAAAGAAAGCAAAUCCAAAUCAAAGCGUAGUAAAAACUCUAAAGAGAGCGUGAAGGCGCCGGGACCAGACGCCAAGAAGGAGGUUCUGGUUCCCCCGCAGAACUCAACCCCUACGAAGGGAACGGACAAGUCAAAUAAACCCUCCCGCACACCCCCCGCGGUGAAAAAAGACAAAGACGGGGUGUCGGGGAAAGCUAAGAAGGAGAAAAUGGAGGCGGUGGUUGUUUCUGUUAACGCAGAAAAGGAGGUUCCAGUCCCUCGCAGCGGACUUUCCUUCGAGGGACAACUGAUCCCGGAUCUGUCUGCCGUCGAGCAGCAGAUCGGGAACGUGAGUCUGGACUCGGCGGGCAUUGGACAGCCCGUCGCCAUGACGACAGAGCAGCAGCAGCAGCAGCAGGAGGAGGAAGUGGACAACGGGGAGUGUCGAAGUCUGAAGAAAGUGGGCGGAGUGAAG